AUGUCCUCUGGAAGUUCUGCGGCAUCAAUGCGCUUACAGGACGGCGAGAGACAGCUUGCUGCUGCUGUCUCUGCCCCUGCUGCUGCUGCUGCUGCUGUUGCUGCAGCUGCUGCUCUAGAGCACUGCCCCACAGGCAGCACCACCGCUCUUCUGCCAGCAGCAACAGCAAGGAAGCGACAGCAGCGGCUCAGCAGCAAAGCUGAGACGCUCCCCCCCAGCUGCAGCACAGCACGCAGAAUGCGGCAUGAUCAGCAGCAGCAGCAAAAGCAGCAGCAGCAAAAGCAGCAGCAGCAGCACCAGCAGAAGAAAGAUGUGGGGUUGCUGGCAACUUGUUCUACGCACACGCGGCAAAUCACUGCACUCCAGCAAGCAGCAGCAGCAGCAGAGAUUGCCUUAGGAGCGGGAGCAGCAGCAGCAGCAACAGCAGCAGCAAUAGCAACAGAGCGCACUUCUAUGGGCGGAUGCAGAAGCGCGAGAUGUCCCCGUGCUGCAAGUCUCAACAACACACUGCACAGCCAGGACGGUUGUGCGCAAGUGCAGCAGCAGCAGCAGCAGCAGCAGCGGCAGCAGCUGCUGCCCCUGGAACCUAUCUUCUGGCUGCACACCCCAAGCUAUCGACUUAAGGUAUUAUACGGGACUGAGGACCAGCAGGGAUGUUAUGACUUUUUAGACACCCCUCAGUACACAGCUGCUGCUGGCAGUACAGACCAGCAGCAACAGCGCUCUGCAGUAAUGGCGGAGUUAUUAGGAGAGGCAGGAGCCCUUGCUGCUCCUGCUGCUGCUGUUGCACGGAGGGGCGUGCAGCAUUCUGCGCAGCAGCAACGGCAGCAGCAGCAGCAGCAGAAUGCGUGGUGGGCUGCGUCACUCCAACAGCAGCAGCAGCAGCAGCAGCAGCAGCAACAGAUGCAGCAGUGCUUUGCUACAGGGCCUGCAAGUGUAGGGAUGUAUUACUACAUUCCGAUUAUCCGGCACUCAGGGGCUCCAGCUGAAGCAGCGCUACAACAGCAGCAGCAGCAGCAGCGACAGCAGCGGCUGGUGCAGCAGCAGCUGGUGCAGCAACAGCAGCAGCAGCAGCAGCAGCAGGGCCCCUUGCACGUUCGCGUGCACAAGCAUGGGAACUGCCUGAUGUGGCUUCCAGCUCAGGAUAGCUUCUUUUCUCCUUUAGAGUCUCUGCAGCAGCAAAAGCAGCAGCUGCAGCAGCAGCAGCAGGUGCUGCAGCAGCAGCAACUGGAGCAGCGCAAGGAGAGCUUGCAGCGGCAAUGGGAGGCCCAGCAGCAGCCGCUGCUGCAGAAGCAGCAGCAGCAACAGCAGGCCCUGCUGCUGGAGCAGCUGCAGCAGAAGGAGCUCCGCAGCCUGCACAUAUACUCAGAUGGCGUGCAUGCAGAGCAGCAGCUGCAGGAGCAGCAGCAAAGGGAGCCGCAGCAGCAGCAGCAGAACCAUAUGGAUAAGCCCCACGGCUCGAGUCCUGCAGCGCUUGCAGCAGCUGCUGCUGUUGCCGCUGCUGCUGCUGCUGUUGCUGCUGCUGCUUCUGCUACAGACGGAGAUAGUGACAGCUGCAGCAGCCAGCGCUCAACAGAGACGGGACCCUGCUGCGGCUUUGGUGCUGCUCUGCCUGCCUUCCUGCAGAAGAAGCUGCAGCAGCAGCAGCAGAAGCAGCACGAAAGGCAGCGCCAGAAGCGGUGGCACAAGCAGAAACAGCAGCAGCAGCAGCAACAGCAACAGCAACAACAGCAGCAGCCGAAUUUGCUGCUGCAAGUGGCGGAGUGGCCCGUGAAAGAAUCAGACGAGGAGGGCCCCAUGGUCAAUGUGCUGCUGCAGAAGGUGCAGCGGCAAGAGAUGCUGCUGCAGCAGCAAGAUAAGCUUCUGCAGCAGCACCAAAUGAAGCAGCAGCAGCUGCAACGUCAGCUCGAAGCGCUGAAGCAACGAAAACGGCUUGAGGCGCAUCACCUGCAGCAGCAGCAGCAGCUGCAGCAGCUGCUGCAGCGACAGCAGCAGCAGCAGCGCGGGUCCUCAGAGGAUUCUCCGCCUUAUUCCUCCUCCCCCACAAGCUCGGAAGAGGAGCAGCAGCUAUUGCAAGAACAGCAGCAGCAGCAGCUCCAAGAGCGGCUGCAGCAGCAAGCGCGGCGGCAGCAGCAGCAGCAGAAAGAGAAGCAGAAGGGGCAUCUCAGUCUCGCGCUGCAGCAGAAGCAGCAGCAGCAGGAGGGUACCACAGGAUGUGAUGGGUCGCUUAGCGUCUCUACUGGACAUCUACAGAGCUUUGCCGAAGCCUCCCCAGUUGAAGUAUAUUGGCUAGACAACGAGCAGCAAAGCAGCUUCCUUCCUGCUGCUAGGCAGCUAACCUGCGAUAUAUAUGAUUUAUCUGAAGACACGGGAGUGCUGCCGCUGCAGGCUGCUGCUGUUGCUGCUGCUGAUGAUGAUUGGCUGCUGCUGACUGGCUGCGGGGGCCCCGAGAGGGACCCCUCGUUGCUGCAGCAGCAGCAACUGCAGCAACUGCAGCAGCAGCAGCAGCAAGAGCAGCAGCAGGCGGAGCAAGAGGAAGAGAGCAGCACGCCUACUGCGACUGAGGCAGAGGCAAAGAAAGAAAUAGAGACAGAGACAGAGACAGAGACAGCAGCAGACGUGCAGCAGCAGCAAACAGCAGCAGAAACAAAUCGCAUGGAGACAGGGGAGACAAAAAGGAGGUCCUUUGCGUCACGACGCUCCUCAGGUGCUGACAAACUGCUGCUGCUGCUGCUGCUGCUGCUGGGGCUUGUGCUGGUGGCGCUGCGGUACCUUCAAAGCAUCGACAGAGUGUCGCGUUCCAUAGAGCAGCAGCAGCAGCAGCAACAACAACAACAGCAGCAGCAACAGCAGCAGCAGCAACAGCAGCAGCAACAGCAACAGCAGCCGAAGGCCGAGCAGCUCAAAGAGGACAGCGCUGAGGGAAUGGAAGCAGCAGCAGCAGAAGCAGCAGCAGAAGCAGCAGCAGAAGCAGCAGCAGAUGCAGAAGCAGCAGCAGAAGCAGCAGCAGAAGCAGCAGCAACAGCAACAGCAGCAGCAGAAGCAGCAGCAGCAGCAGCAGUAGAAGCAGCAACAGGUGCCGCUGAAGUGGCAACAGGGGAAGCAGAUCUCGUAGCAGGAGCGGCAGAAGCAGCAACAACAGCAGGCGCCGCACCACAGGCGGUAGCAGCAGCAGCAGCGGCAGCAGCAGCCGUAGCAGCAGCAGCAGCAGCAGCAGCAGCAGGACCAGAGGCGGCGCAGGCUUUUCGGCUGUUCCUGCUUCAUCUAGCGGCCUCAAGAGCCUCGGCAGGAGCGUUGAGGAGCAUUAACACACAUAAGCAGCAGCAGCAGCAGCAACGAGCUGCUGCUGCUGCUGCUGCUGCUGCGGAGGCAGCGGUAGCACCUCGCCUGCGCGAGUCGGCGGCGCAGGCAGCAGCAGCAGCAGCAGCAGCAGCAGGAGCGGGGCCCCUCUGGUCUUCGCUGCCUUGGAGCCAGCGGGCUCCUGCUCUUCGCAGCAGCAGCAGCAGCAGCAAGAGGAAGAAGCAGAAAAAUAGAAGUGAAGGAAAAGAGCUAAUCUCUUCAACUUUUUCUGGGAGGAACAACAGCAAGAGAAACACUAGCAGCUGCAGCAGCAGCAGCAGCCUCAGCAGCAGCAGCCGCAGCAGCAGCAGCAGCAGCGCCGCGAUGUCUGUCCAUCGCAAGAGAGGCGCUGCUAGGGCAGACGGCAGGCCCUCGAGAGGCGGCUCGGGGCCUCCCAGAAGUCUGAAGAGGCCCCCUGCUGCUGGCAGCAGCAACAGCAACAGCAGCAGCAGCAGCGGCAGCAGCAGCAACCACAAGAAUGCAGGCUUUUCCUUUAGGGGGAGAGGCAGAGGUGGGGGCCCCUCACGCGGCCGUGGGGGGCCCCGCAGAGACAGGCUCAGCACUGCAAACGGCAGCAGCAGCGGCUUGAAUAGCAGCAGCAGCAGCAAACAGCAACAGGAACAGCAGAAGCAGCGGCCGCAACAGCAGCACGCUGAGAAGCAGCAGCAGCAGCAGCGGCGGAAGCAGCGUGAGGAGUCGCUCCCCCAGCCUGCAGAUGAUGAUACUACCAUAAAGCAAGAGCGGCAGCAGCUGCAGCAGCAAGUGAAGGCUGCGCUGCAGCAGCAGCGCAGCAAAGACGCUUCGGCUAGACGGUGGGAUGGUUGGCAGCAGCGGAAGCAGCAGAAGGAGCAGAAACAGCAGCAGCAGCAGCAGCAGCAGGCUAGCCGCAGUGCCGGGGGGAGUAGCGCGACACAGAUUGCUGCAGCAACAGCUGGAGCAGCAGCAGCAGCAGGGAGUCCCUUUGUGGCUGCUUCCUGCUCUGCUGAAGCAGUUGCAGCAGCAGCAGCAGCAGAGCAGCUGCUGCAGCAGGAAGAUGUGCUGCAGUGGCUAGACCGCUGGGGGAGGGGCCCUUGGCAUGCUGCUGCGAAGAGCGCAGAAAGCGCCCUCAUGGAGCUACGGGUGCCCUCCAGCAGCAGCAAAAGCAGCAGCAGCAGCAGCAGCAGCAGCAGCAGCAGCAGCGUAGACUGGGCCUUGUGGGCAGCAGUGGCUGAUAAGGCGCUGCAGCAUAUCAGCGCUCGGCUGUACGCGCUGCUGGAGACAGACGCAGAGCAGCGCUGGAUGCUGAAGAAUGCAGGUUUGCGACCGCAGCAGCAGCAGCAACAGCAGCAGCAGCAGCAGCGGCAGAUGGGAGGCAAGCAGCGUCGCAACGGCGUAGCAGCAGCAGCAGACGAGCAGCAAAAGGGCCCCACACGCGCGGAUGAGGUGUCGUCUCUUGUGCUGCUGAUCCAGCAGUCUCCUAUCUGCAGCAGCAAAUGUCUGCUGCGGCUGCUGCAGCUCGCUGCUUCUAAGAGCAGAUCUGCAGCACAUGCAGCAGCAGCGCAGCUCUUCGAGCUCUUUGCUGGCCCCUUGCUGCUGCCUUCCUUUAGGAAGCUGCAAGGCAUGCUGCAGCAUCCUCAGUGGCUGCUAGACCGAGUGACGGAGUUGCUGCCGGUGCUGCAGCAGCAGCUGCAGCAGCAGCAGCAGCAGCCUAAGCCGCAGAAGCAGAAACAAAAAAGCUCUCAUCACGAGCAGCAGCAGCAGCAGGAUAAGAAGGAUCAAUCCAGGGCUGCCGCUGUUGCCCUGCUGCAGCUGCUGCUACUGUGGCGCUUUGAAGAGACUCUUGCACAGCGAUACAACUCCUUCGUAACGGUAGGCCUUCAGCAGCAGCAGCAGCAGCAGCAGCAGCAGCUAGUGCAGCAUAACGACUGGAGACAGCACUACGAGCUUCCUAGGCUGGCGUUGCGGGGGAAGCCGCAGCAGGAGCAGCAGCUGCUGUCUCUUCUGGUCUCCAAGUUGGCGGCGCCGGAGGGAAAGGUUUCUUCUUGUGCGUCGCUGCAGCUGGCGCUGGUGCUGCGGCGGCACCGGCCGAUGCUGCCAGUUGUUAUAUCUUAUACAGCAGACUUUGCUGCUAGGCGUCUUGCUGCUGUGCUGCAGCAGGGAGAGAAGCAAGCAGCAGAAGCAUGUCUGUCUCUUCUUGAGGUGUACAGACAGUCAAGACGCCACCUGCCAGCGCGCUUCAAAUACAGACGCCACGAGCUGCAGCAGCAGCAGCAGCAGCAGCAGCUGCAGCAGCUAGACGGAGCCGCACCUGCCCAUACACCGCGGCAGCUGCCAACGUCGCGCACUGCAGUACGCGCACGGGAGCUUCUGCGGCUGCUGCUGCACAAGAGGGGAAGCAGCAGCAGCAGCAACAGCAGCAGCAGCGGAGAGGGACAGCAAGCUGAAGCAGCAGCGCGAGUUUACGAUCUGCUGCUGCCUCCCAAGUUUGCUGCUGGCUUACAGGCUGUCUACCGCGCGCUCCUCUUCCUCUCAGAGCUCAUCUUUAAAGAGGAGGAUGGGGCUGCAGCAGCAAAGGUGGUUAGCAGCUAUUUAUCAGUCUUUAAUAGGCUGGCGGAGUUUGGAGUGUCUCUACAGCCCGUGCUGCAGCAGGUUCUGGGCCCCAAGAAAGCAGCAGCAGCAGCAACAACAACAGCAGCAGCAGCAGCUCCAAAGAAGCAAGUAGCAAUGCUGCCGCCCCUCUAUCUUGCUUCCUGCUGCAACCGUCUGGUGCGGGUGCUGCUCUCGGGUUUGCUGCGAGCUCUGCCUUACGUCUCUCCUGAAGCAGCAGCUACGCUGUUGCUUCAGGCGCCAGUCAAGACCCAGCAGCAGAAGCAGCAGCAGCAGAAGCAGAAGCAGAAGCAGCAGCAGCAGCAGCAAGGCAGCUUUGAUCAGCUGUCUGAAGUGCUGUUUGCUCUGUCGCACUGUCUACCUUGCGUCGCCUCGCGGGUGUUGGCUCUCCGCAUCCUGCACUCUCUCACUGUCCUCUACCAGGUUUGUGUUUUUGCUGCUGCGCAGCCACAGCCCAGACCGUCUCUCGCGUGUGGUGUAUCAGCAGCUGCAGCCGCAGCAUGCAGGGGUUUACUCGGGGACCCGCGGGGGCUUGCUGCUGCUGCUGCUGCGGCUGCUGCUGCAGGAUGCCAACGACGCGAGGAAGGCUGCUCUCAUCAAGCGGCUGCUGCAGGUGUGUGCACCAGCAGCAGCAGCAGCAACGGUAGCAGUAGUAGUAGCAGCAGCAGCAAGAGGAGCAGAAGCAGCAGCAGCAACAACGAAAGCAACAGUAGCAGCAACAGGAGUAGCAGCCGCACUAGCAGCAAUCUUAGCAUCACUGGGGGGGUGCUGCAGCAGCAGCCGCAGCUGCGUUUGCUGCUGUCUGAGAAAGAGUCGCAGCUGCAGCAGAAGGAUGAGGCUGUGGCAGACGCACCAGAGGAUGACGAUCCGGAGGAGAGCUCAGAGCAGCCGCGUGCGUCAGCAGCAGCAGCAGCUGCUGCUGCUGCAGCAGAUUCUGAAUCUGCCUGUGUUUAUACACCGGAGAAGAGAGACCCUCGCUUUACGCGAGCUGAAGAGACGCGCCUGUGGGAGGUCGCUGCAUGCGCAGCAAGUUAUCACCCUCGUGUGGCUUCUGCUGCUGCUGGCUUGCUUGCUGCUUACUGCAGCAGCAAAAGCAGCAGCAAAAGCAGCAGCAGCAGCAGCAGCGACAAGCAGCUAGACCCCGCAGCAACAGAUGAAGCAGCAAUUGUAGAGACACUCCGCUCUGUUACCAGCGGCAGAGUCCUCGACGACUUGGCGUACAAGGUGCAGCAGCAGCAGAAGCAACAGCAAAAGCAGCAGCAGCAGCAGCAGCAAGAGCAGGAGCGCAUCUCGCUCAAUUCCACACGCUACUGGCAGAAGCAUGAGGCGGAUCCAGAAAGAGAAUUCAUCAGGCAAUACUUCAUCGACCCCGUGGUUGCUGCUGGGCAGCUGCAGCAGAAGCGGCGCCGCGGUGCUGCUGCUGCUGAGGGUGAAGGAGACAGCGAUGGGGAGGCUUCAGAAGCAGACAGCCAAGCAGAUGAUCCCUUCAGCGACGAGGAGGUGGAUGCCUUCCUGGCUCAGCAGGCGCGGGAGCUGGGGCAAGGAGACAGCGAUGAUGAUGCAGAAGGAGACAGCGAAGAAGAAGCAGAAGAAGAUGAUGAAGAUGAAGAAGCAGCAGAAGAAGCAGCAGAAGAAGAUGAAGAUGAAGAAGAAGAAGAAGAAGAUGAAGAUGAAGAAGUUGGUUUAGAAGGAGACAGUGAAGAUGAAGAUGACGACAUAGAGGAGACAGAGGAGCAGCCAGCUGCAGCAGUAGCAAACAAAAAAAGAAAGAGACAGGCCCAUGACAGCAGCAGCAAAAACAAAAUCAGCAAACUCAAGGCGAAAAUACAGCAAAGAGCAAUGGCAGGGUCUCCCUUCGCAGACGCAGAGGGCCUUGAAGACAUCUUAGAGGAGCUAGACUACUAG